AUGGCGAUUGCCAUGGGCUGGCAGAAGCCUGACAAUGUCGCAGGCACGUCAGCGCCGGCCAUCAUGGUAGGCCUCUUCGUUGCCACGGGAGGCAUACUUUUUGGAUACGAUACUGGCGCGAUCAAUGGGAUUCUGGCUAUGCGUGCAUUCAAAGACCAAUUCGGAACCAACUGUUACGACAGUAAAAACCAGCUCGAUAUUUGCCCCGAAGAUUCAUCGAUAAUUGUCGCGAUUCUCAGCGCUGGUACGGCUGUCGGUGCACUACUUGCUGCACCCGCCGGCGACAAUAUUGGCCGCCGUCGGACUCUCCUGAUAGCUGUUGGAAUAUUUUGUGCUGGUGCUAUCUGCCAAGUUUGCGCUCAGGCAACACCUCUGAUGCUCGUGGGAAGGUUCCUUGCUGGAGUUGGUGUAGGAAUGAUCUCCGUGCUCGUCCCGUUAUAUCAAUCCGAAAUGGCCCCUAGAUGGAUAAGAGGAACUCUUGUCUGUGCAUAUCAACUCUCGAUCACGAUUGGACUAUUAUCGGCAUCCAUUGUAAAUGUCAUUACGGCUGAAAUGAAAGACUCUUCCGCCUACCGAAUUCCCCUAGGACUUCAGCUUUUCCCCGCUCUCAUCCUCACUGGCGGUCUCAUGUUUCUCCCAGAAACACCUAGGUAUUUGGUGAUGAAGGGAGAAUACGAACUGGCUGGCAUUUCUCUGAGCCGACUACGACGCUUGGAUAUCACCCACCCAGUCCUUGUUGAAGAACUAGCGGAAAUCAAGGCCAACCAUGCAUACGAAUUAUCUCUGGGUUCAAAUAGUUACAAAGACCUGUUAUUCGGAACGCCGCAUCUCGGUCGUCGUACUAUUACUGGCUGCACCACCCAGAUCCUGCAACAACUUUCCGGCAUCAACUUCAUCAUGUAUUACAGCACGACCUUCUACGAUGGCGCUGGCGUCCAGAGCCCAUACACCAAAUCGCUCAUCAACAAUGUUAUCAACGUUGUUGCGACCAUUCCUGGAUUGUUAGUGAUUGAAACUUGGGGUCGACGCAAGCUGCUGAUGAUUGGAGCUAUCGGGAUGGCCACUUGCCAGCUCUUCAUCGCCACAUUCUCUACCGCCGCAGGCCACGAUUUACAAGAGGCUGCACAGCUGAUCCUCGUGGUGUUCUGUGCGAUAAAUAUCUUUUUCUUCGCCGCUUCAUGGGGUCCUGUUGCCUGGGUGGUUACCUCGGAAAUUUAUCCUCUCAAGAUUCGUGCCAAGGCCAUUUCUGUUUCAACAGCGUCGAAUUGGCUCUUCAACUUCGGAAUCGCCUACAGUACCCCCUUCAUGGUGGGAACUGCCCCGCGUUAUGCAGACUUUGGGCCUAAGAUUUUCUUUAUCUGGGGUGCUUUUUGCAUACUGUCUGUUUUCUUUGUUUGGAGCAUGGUGUACGAGACGAGCAAAAUGUCUCUCGAACAGAUUGAUGAGAUGUAUGAGCGCAUUGACCAUGCCUGGAACAGCAAGAAUUUUGAGCCCAAUUGGAGCUUCCAACAAAUCGUCCACGAAGGAUUGACGACGGGUGCGCAGACCACUGCACCUCACGAACUCCAAUCGACAACAUCACAAACUAGCGCCGACACAACUCUGGGAGACACUGAAUCUUCUGGAGCUACUCAAAACAGCGAAACGAACAACGGCUCCUCAUCAAGUCAGGACAAAGCCCAACCAGUAAUGGCGCAUGUUGAUUUCACAUAUUAA